AUGGACUCUAACCUGCUGACCUCCAUCCCCCUGGGGCCCACCAAGCCCUGGUCUUGGGAUCAGCAGAAUCCUGCAAACCUAGAACUUCCUUCUGUCAACCAUGAUGCCUCAGCGGUGCUUGCAGAGGCCCCUGAGAAAACGGAACCUUCUCCAAACCCUCAGACAGCUAUAGUUCAGCUUCCAACCCAACAAGAAGCCUCAACUCAGUCUGUUCAGGCUCAGUGGCCAACCAUUCCACCUGUGGACCUGGGACUCACCAUCACUCCUGAACACACUUUGGGGGCUGCUGCAACAGCCCUGAAGCAGACUGCAGCUCCUCCACUGAAACCUGCGGUGACACUUCCACCGCCAGAGACUGUUCAGGCGCUUCAGCCAAACUUUCCACCUGUGGACCUGGAGCUCACCAUCACUCCAGAGUCUACACUGGCGAUUGGUGCUACAGCCCUGCAACAGACUACAGCUCCUGCAAAGCACCCUGAGGUGACACUUCAACAUCCAGAACUUGUUCAGGUUCAGCAGCCGACCUUUCCUGAAGUCACAGCCACAGGUCUAUCGUUUGACCUGGAAGCUACAAUAACUCAGCCACCAGAGUCAUCAGAGACAGUUCCUCCAAUGACUGAACAGAGUGCCACCAUGAACAUUUGUGAGAUCUGUUCCUGCAGUAAUGGGACACUGUCAUGUAUUGGUUUUGGCUCAAAGCAGAGGCUCACCAGAGUGCCAGUACCAGAGCCCAGCACCUAUAAUGGCACCUUCACCGUCUUAAACUUACAAGGAAACGCUAUUUCUUACAUUGGUAAAGAUACAUGGAAGCCAUACCAUUUGGUUGAGAAACUAAAUCUCAGUGGCAAUAAUCUGAAAGAAUUACGUAAAGAUUCAUUUGAAGGCCUCGAUUCCCUGCAGUAUUUGGACUUGUCCGGCAAUAAGAUAAAAUUCAUUGAAAAGAAUGCAUUUGAUUCAUUACCUCUUUUGCAAUAUAUAAAUCUUGGGUGCAAUUUAAUCACAAAAGUGAACUUUGGAACAUUUCAGACCUGGCAUGGAAUGCAGCUAUUACACAAGUUAAUUGUACAUGAAAAUCCUCUGAUGAUGGUUCAAGAUCCUUAUCUUUUUAAUUUGCCAGCGUUGAAAUAUUUAGACAUGGGAACAACACAAGUGACGUUUACAACACUUGAUAACAUUCUCAUGACAGCUCCUGAGUUAGAGAAACUUAUCUUACCUAACCGUUUGGCCUGCUGCCUCUGCCAAUUUAAAAAUAAUAUAGAGGCUGUUGCCAAGACGGUCAAACUGCAUUGUGAGACCGAAUGUGUGACCAACACACCGUGUGAUGAAGAGCUCCUAUUAGAAGGACCUCUCAUCAAAGUAUUACAAGGCCGGCAGAACAUCAGCACUGAGCUGACCAUUGAGCCAGAGAGGGCAUCCUCAAACAAAAAGAGCGACACUUCCUCAUCCCUUAUGAGCCUUCUGAUGAGACUGCUCACCGAGCAGGAGGAAGUAAAGAUAUCCAACGCAGAGUGGGAUGCGGAACAAUGGAAAGAUGAGAGGAUGCAAGCCCCCCAGAAGCAGGAAGAGAAGGCAUCCAAUGAGCUCAGGCAAGAAGUGCUAAGAUAUAAGAACGACAUCAUCACUGCAGCAGCUAUGAUUCCAGUAACAACGUUUUAUUCUGUAGUUUUCUGUCUCAUUGUGAUUUUUCGGAGGAAGAUACAGAAAAGAGGAAGCUCAAGGAAGCGGAGUAAAUCCUCCCCUGCUGCGGACACAGAUGGGGAAAGUUCUCCCUAA